AAGAAGACAAAGAAGCGCUGGCAGCCGAAGAAGAAAAAUGAACAUGGCAGCGAAUGAUACAGCGCGGUGUUUAUUUCGAGGCUAUUUUUGGGUAAAAAAUGUCCAGAGGAGCAACAGCUUGUUGUUAAAAUGUAGCACCAGAAGAUUUUGCAGCGAUAGUCAAGAAAACGUCCAAGACAAUGCAAAGCCUCAAUUCACACAUCCAGUUGUGCAGGACAUCCUCAGCAGGAUAACAGGUCUGGACUUGCAUAAAGUGUUCCAGCCCCUCAAACAGGAGCUGAAGCCACCUAUCUAUAAACUCAUGACGGAAGAGCAACUACAGCAGGCAAUGGAGUCAGCUGAAGAGAAGGCUAAGAAGAUGCUGCAAAUGCCUCCUGUUCUACCAGAGAGGAAGCCCAUCAAUGAUGUUUUGUCUGUGGACACAGUCCUGGAUGGCAUGGAUACAGCCAAAUAUGUCUUCACAGACAUAACCUAUAAUAUUCCACACAGGGAAAGGUUCAUUCUGGUGAGGGAGACCAACGGGAAGCUAAGGAAAGCCACUUGGGAGGAAAGAGACCGGCUUAUUCAAGUGUACUUUCCAAAAGAUGGACGCAGAAUUACCACACCUCCCUUCUUUAAGGAGGAGAAUGUAAAGAUGUUAUUCUCCCAGGACCGACACAAGGAUGUGUUGGACUUAUGCCUGGUUCAAUUUGAACCUGACUCAUCAGAGUACAUCAAGGUGCACGCUGCCACCUAUGAGGAUUUGGACAAACAUGGGAAAUAUGAUCUCCUUCGCUCCACCAGGCACUUUGGUGGCAUGGCCUGGUACCUGGUCAAUGCACACAGGAUUGAUGGCCUCAUUGUGGACAUGCUGAAAAAGGAAUUGUUUCAGGAUGCGGUGAGCCUCGUAUCUCUCUUCCACCUCAUACACCCUCACAGCAAGUCGGCCCAGGAGGCUUCCAGUCAGCAGGCCACAGGCACUGACCUUCUCACGAUCUACGCCCAGAACGAAUCCCAGAGGUCAGGCUACAUUGAGCUGGCCCUGCAGGCGUAUCAACAGAAUGUGGGUAAGAGCGCUUCUGCUUGACCCGCUUCCUCCCACUGCGUGUUCUACAAACCCACAAUGAAAGAUGAACAAAACCUGAAGGACAAGCAACAUAGCUUCUUCUUUGACGAAUCCUGGUCUGUUGUUUUUUUAAAGAGUUUGCAUCAUAACCACAUAUUGUAAAGAAAUUAAUAAACAUGUCUUUGUAAAUGUGAUAGAAUAACUGUGUUUCCCCUAUCUUUAUAUCAGGAAAUAUGUCAUGGCGUGUUAUUCGAAUUUGCAGGUCAAGACAAACAUCCGCACAAGGCUGCAAGGUGAUCUUCGAGCUUACAUAAGGAUCUCUAUAACUAAAUCUGAUGAUUCUGACUUCACCAAGCAGAAAUGUUUUGGGAAUGUUCUGGCGUAAACACUGCAGUGACAAAAGAUGUCCACAAAUCUGUGUACAUAGUAUGCUUUCGUAUGUAUGAUUACAUACCACAAUUUCCGGGCUAUAGAGCGCACCUAAAUAUAAGCCACACCCACCAAAUUUUGGGCCCAUUUUAUUUUGUACAUAUCUUGCCCGCACAAGUCUGGAAACCGGAUGUGUACACUUAUAAAAUGAAAUAUUUACACAGGCGCUUGUGUUCAUUCAGAAAUGUAACAAAACACGGGGCCUGUAACACUGCAUACAGUAGCCUAAUUGAGAAGUCAUUGAACGUUGUCUUUGUCCUUAUCCACCUGUGUACUGAAACCGUAGAGGUUGUCUUCCACACUCGCUAAUGGUGGGGGAUUUCUGUUCCGUGCGCAAGCUGUUUAAUUUUUCGAUAGCAUUCGGCUUUGGGGCUGUGUUUUGUCCAUUUUUUUGUUUCGUCUCCAUGAUGAGGGGGAGUCCAUACCACGCUAUAUGGCUGAUUGAAUGAUUGUGUGAGUGCAUUUGAUUUCAAGAGGUCAUCUUAUGCGAAAUAAACUUUUCUUUCGUAUUUA